AUGGGAUUUGUAAGGAAUGCCCUUGGUUUAGAACCACCUUCAGUAGAAACUGAUCCCACGCCAGAGAAUAGAUAUCACCCUUGGGAUCAAUCACCUUAUCCACAGAUACGAGAAAGGGCUAAAAGAAUAAUGGAAGUAGCCAAAUGUCCAGUGACAGGUAAAAAUAUUCAAUAUAUAUGUCCUUUGUCAGGUAUUCCUACUCAUCACUCUAAAGAAGCCUGGGAAAUGGAUAAAAAUUAUCAUGAUAAUAAAAUUUAUGAAAAAUUAAAGAAAGUUAAUAUAUAUGAACAUGAUUUGAGAAGUGGAAGACCGUUUCCUGAAUUUGAAUUUCCUUUGAGUCAAGGUAGAGAUAGAGUCAUCAAUAUGACCAAUUGGGAUUUAUUUUUUUAUACAAGAGGUUUCUAUUCAAUGGAUACAGAAUUCCAAUUAGCUGCUAUGACUAAAAUGUUAAGUUAUCCAUUAACUAUUGCAUCUGUCCUAUCUCAAUUUUCUCCAUAUUUUUUAAACCCUAAGGGCCCUGUAACAUUAGAAGGUUUAAAAUCAUUGGCAGCUCUUCGUUAUACCCUUUAUUCAAAUCAAUCCGGUAAUGGUAAUGCUAGUGGUAAUUUAUUGACAAGAGCUAUGGAUCCAAAAAUUGAUAGUAAGGUCAAAGAAGUAUCGUUAAAGAAUAGACCUAUACGAUUAUUCAUUCUAGGUGCAAGAGCCGAGACACAACUUCCUGGGUAUGUAUGGAAACAAUUACAAUAUUUAUUUCCUUUACAAACAUUCGAAAUUUAUUUUAUUGGUCCCGAAUCUUAUUAUGAUAAUCAACAAAAAAAAUACGUCAGAAGACAUGAUGGGAAACCAUUUAUACGAAAAGUUGAUGAAACUUUAAAGUUAAUCCAUUAUACUGAUUAUUUUAAUGUAUUUCAUAAAAUGGAAGAGUUUUAUCCUUAUGAUCCAUUCUUUGAUUGUUUUUUCACUUUCCAUCCAGGAUUUUCUUCACCAGGUAGCACAUCAAUUGCCAAAGGUAAAGAUACAUGGAUUAACAGUGGUACAAUGAAAGCAUUACUGGACACCAAAUGUGCAAUUUUCACCACCGGGUUUAAUGAAACAGAUAUUAUCAAUGAUAUGACUCUUUUACAAAAUAAAUUUAAUUCUGAAAUUGAUAUCUUGAUGAAUCCAAUUGAAAAUGUAUUCAAGAGUACAAAAUGGGAAUUGAAUGAUUUUAACCCUCAAGAAGUAUAUCAAUUUAACAUGUAUAUAGCUGGUUUUAGAGGUAAACGUUACCACACUACAGAAGGGUCGAGGUCAUCCUUUAGAAGAUCUCUCAGGGGUCAGUAA